AUGGAUUCAAAUCGUCAAGUACCGCUAAACCAAGAUAAUGAAACUCAAUGCGAUGUCGAAUCCUUCGAAAUUCGAAAUACACCGAAAGAUCCGUGCGUGGAAUCGGAUGACGGUAACAAAGAGGAUGAGAACGAAGAUUGCGAAAGUUGGAGCAAAAAGCCUCCAAUUGAAUGGGAUAAAGACGAUACAAAAAAGUGGCUACUUUCGACGAUAUUAAAGAAAUUGGGUGGACAUUACUCCGACUGCUGCAGGAGUGAGAAACUUGUUAUGCCAGGAGAAGAACUUCUAAAGUUGUCGGAAAAUGAUUUUAUAAAUUUCUGCGGAACCAACGGAAGUAGGCUUUUCGAAUUGUUGCCGAAGCAAAGCGUCCCAACGAUUCGUCGUGAUAGAAAAAGUACGAAGAUCGAUGCCCAAGGGUGGAAGAAAAAACGGGUAGAACGGUGGGAGAUGACAGAUACAAAAAGUUGGCUCCUUUGGAUAUCUCAUGAAUUAAAGAUGCUUUUCGAAGAACUUUGCAUUGUUGCCGAAAAAUUUUCCAUGCCAGGAAAUGAACUUCUACAAUUGUCGCUACAAGAUUUCAUCAUCCGUGAUCCUGUUAAUGGGGAAAAGCUUUACGAAUCGUUGCACGAGCAACGCGACGUGAUAUAUAACGGAAGUCGAUUCCAACAACACCAAGCACCAUAUUCCGACGACGAAACAUCGGUCGACACCACAGGCUCGAUUUCAGAUGCAGAAUCGGUGAACAGUAUAAGUUUGGAAAGAAUAAAAACACAUUCAAAAGGAAAAUCUGGCAAGAACACCAUGUGGGCUUGGGAAUUCUUACGGAACUUAUUACUCGACCCGAAGUAUUGUCCCGAAUUUAUACGUUGGGAGGACUACGACAAUAAAAUAUUUCGUUUGAUUAAAAAUAAAGAAAUAGCACAAAUGUGGGGCGAACGUCGGGAAAAAAAAGGGCAUAAGAUGAACUACGACAAAUUUAGCCGUGCGUUAAGAUAUCAUUAUAAAAUUGGCACACUUAAAUCUGUUUCUAAACGGCGUCUUACUUAUCAAUUUGGUCCCACGGCAACCGGAUUAGAAACAGACGAUCCCAACUUUCAAAGGGCCAACAACCUCAAAUAUUAGAUCUGAUGAAUUCGU